ACUCAGCCACGAGUGUGGGAAUGGUGCCCUGGGGCCUGGCGGUGAGCAGGAGCCGAGCCAGCAGACCUGGGCAUGGGGAGACGUUGUCCAAGCCCAGGUGUGGAGGCCAGUGGGCCCUGCAGUGGCCAUGCCCUCAGGCCCACCCUCCCGUCUCAGGAGUCGGCCAGAACCUACAGGACCACCUGGAGGUCUACGUUCAGCAGGCAUGCACCCAGCCCGUCACCCUGCACUCAGCCCAGAAGCCCUGGCGGAAGGUGUGGAUUGGGCUGGAGUGGCUCUGGGGGUACACAGGGGAUGGGGCCACAGCCCAUCUGGAAACAGGUGGGUUCAUCCGGAGCCAGCCUGGCAUCCCCCACCCGGACAUCCAGUUCCACUUUCUGCCGUCCCAGGUGAUCGACCACGGGCGGGUGCCCACCCAGCAGGAGGCGUUCCAGGUGCAUGUGGGGACCAUGCGGGGCACAAGUGUGGGCUGGCUCAAACUCAGAAGUGCCAACCCCCGGGACCACCCUGUGAUCCAGCCCAACUACUUGUCAACAGGAAACGACAUCGAGGACUUCCGUCGGUGUGUGAGGCUGACCAGAGAAAUCUUUGCGCAGAAAGCCCUGGCACCGUUCCGGGGUAAAGAGCUCCAGCCAGGAAGUCACAUCCAGUCAGAUAAGGAGAUAGACGCCUUUGUGCGGGCAAAAGCAGACAGCGCCUACCACCCAUCGUGUACCUGCAAGAUGGGCCAGCCCUCUGACCCCACUGCCGUGGUGGACCCGCAGACCAGGGUGCUCGGGGUGGAAAAUCUCAGGGUUGUGGAUGCCUCCAUCAUGCCCAGCGUGGUCAGUGGGAACCUCAAUGCCCCCACCAUCAUGAUUGCAGAGAAAGCAGCCGACAUCAUCAAGGGGCAGCCUGCACUCUGGGACAAGGACAUCCCUGUGCACAAGCCCAGGACUCUGGCCACCCAGCGUUGAGGCCAUCACUGCCCGAGAAGCCCUGUGAUGAGACAAAAGGGCCGGCACCACUGUUGCCCCAAAUGCUCGUUCCCGAGACCAUCUAGUCUAGCCUGUGAAGUCAAUGGUCCUUGAAAUGAGACCAGGACUGUCAUGUCAGCAAAUCGGGUUCCACUUCCCAGCAUUCUCCCUGUGGGCCCUUGGGGAAGGCCAGCAUUCUGGAGUGGACCCCGGACCAGCGUAGGAGGACAGCUAACUCCUGCUACACCCUUCUCCCAUGUUCUGUCACUCUCUGCAACCCAGCUCCUGGUCAGACUUGAGAGAAGUGGUUCUUUCCCAGGCCUCCCUCAAAGAACAGGGUGCUGUGCCCAGAGGCUGGGUGCCCUCCCCUCAGGCUGCAGCCGUCACAGUCAGGGGGCGUCCGGCACCCCUGCUCAGAGGGGAAGGCUGCCUGCGGGAAGAGACCCAGGGUCCUCCUUCCUCACCUCACUCCCAGAGACAGAUGGGCCCGCUGAGCGGGGCCCCACCUCCCUGGCACUCUAGUUCUUAAUGAACGUGAUCGGCCCAGCAAGAGGACUUCCAGACGGUGUUCAGGGAGAGAAGAGUGUGGAGGUCUCCCCACAGCCCCAGGCUCCGUGAUUCGCAUUCUAGAGGUGCAGAGUACAUCUCACAGAGCCGACGGCCGCUGCGUGCCAGAGCGGCCGGGCCGAGGACGCUCUCCCCUUGGCCCGCGGAGGCGACUGGGACUGGGCCAGGCUGGCUAAUUCUUAUUCUCUAGACGUCCACAGGAACAGACCACGAUGGAACCGAGACACACAAGGCGGCCAAGUAAAACCGCACCCCGCUCCCGGAAAAAUGCAACCGAGUGAAAGAAAAUCAAAUUGGCCAAAAAAAGGAGCAUUUAAAACAGCUGUUUGACCCUUAAACUUGUUACAAUGCAAUAAUGAGGUCCACUACUUUUUGAACCGAGAUGCCUUAGACAGACUGUUCUGAUGACGUAAUGAUUUCUGAAAAGAUACCCAAAACCACUGUGGAUGGCAGGGGAGAAAACUGAGGCAUCCCAGGCUUCCCCCGGGAGGCCCGGCAGCCACACUUGUUUCUGAGAAAGACCUUCCAGAAAGGCGGAGAGAAGAAAACCAUCUCUCUCAUCUCUCCUCCCUUACAAACCUUAAGCGGCCCUUGUUUAAUCUUACCUGUAUCUUGCUUUAUUUUUCGGUUCCAAAGGAAGGUCAAGAAAGAAAAUUCUCAGUCUGUCGAGAGAUUUCGUCCGAGAGGUUCCCCACCAGCACUGCUGGGUCUCGGAGCUGCCUGCAGGGGAGGGACGGCAGUGCCAGCCCACGGCUCUGAGGGCCCGGAAGUAGCGAGUCCGGUGUCCUGGGGUCAUGUCUGUGGCUGAGGCUGGCCUUUACCCCAAAGUCCAGAUUCCAACAUGUACGUGGGAGAGACGGGAUGCAGGGCCGCCUUCUGGCCAGGCCUCUUAUUUAUUAGCAUCGCUGUAGGGCUUUGAGUCGCCCUUUUGGCUGUGUGGAGGCACAGUUUGGGUAGGUUUCUGCUCUGGCCCCUGUGCGACACCUCGUGGGCAGCGCCCCAUGCCCACCUGCCGCACUCUGUGCCUUGGAAACGCUUAGCCUCUGCUUUGGGCUGUCCGCUUUGCUCUCCGCCUCCACAGCAGCAGUUACUCUUUGAGUUUUCCAAAUCGAGGAGCAUCUGUACCAAGGCAACGAACCUUUUGAUUUUUGAUCUAUUUGUUUUAAGCUCUAUUGUCACCAAUAAAAUCUUAAUAGUCAAAAAAAAGAUAUUUCUCCCCUAUUGGGGCUUAUGGCGGAUGAGAAUGGAUGUGUUCGUGCUGGCCUGCUCAGAUGUGGGCAUGGUGGGCAACCCGGCCACUCGGGUCUGCUGCGGCCGCGCUGCGUUCUCAGCCUCUGGGACACUGGCUGAUUGGCCACUUGCCUGUGUUGUUAGGUGAGCAAAAUGUUGUGUGCUAAGAGGAGCCCAUUCGGCCCCUCUGCCCCACUUGCUUCCUGGGCCUCGUUCCGUGCAAUCACACGAUUUGGCCGUGCACAGAAAUCCAUUUCAAAGGAGAAGACCGUGAGUGGCAGACACCCAGGAGCCACCGAACCGCAGCUCCAUGCCAGGGUGCAGACCCAGGACAGAAGACUCUGAUUUGGAGCGGCUCCUCCCUCGAGCCCUGACGGGCUAGGGGCCACUGGCUGGGCAGAGUAACGCGGCAGCCUAGGUCGUAACAACGGGCUCUCUGCGGGUUCCCCUGCCGUGAGGCGGCCCCUGGCCUUGGGAAGGGGAGAGGCGUGCCCACUGAACCAGAGGGGACAGCUGCAGUCAGGCUUGCCAGGGAGCAGACCAACGGUCAGGUGAGCCCCUGAGCAAAAAGGGGAUGCCUGAAAAAUGGGAGAAUGACGUUUCCAACACUGGUGGAAAAGCCCAACAACUGUGUGUGUGCCUGGUGAGCAGGCUCUGAGGAGGGUGCCCCCUCGGAGGUGCCAGCUGCGGGCACCUUGACGUGCAGCAUUCCGGCCUCCAGAGCAGGCUGUGGGAGUCACCAUACAUGCAGAUAGAUUCUUCUCUCCAGCCAAACCCCGCUCCCUGUCCCACGGACCAAUUACCUGAUACCUGGAUACUUUUGUCUGAAACAUCAGAAACCCCCAUCCCUGUCCACUGGCCAUGCUGCAAGGCCCCGGUCAUCUCCUACCACCAUGCUCCCAGAUGUCGUCUCUCACCGCUGUCCCUGUGUCGGCAGCAAGGACCCAGGCCUGCUGUCCAUUCUCACCUGCCGUAAGCCCCAACAGGGGAGAAAUGUCAUUUUAGGAAAAUUAAAAAUUUUCAACAAAUGAAAGCAUAGCUGGGGUCAGAUUUUAGAUGAGGUGGGUAGACUAACACAGGGGUUGAAGGUCUGUGUGUGACCCCACAACUCAAGUCACUAACUACUGCUUAGAACAGCCAACUGCCCAGCAUAACAGUGAAACCCUUGUAGGAAAGGAAAUCGGCAAAGACCCUUCAGACUGUAAAAAUAAUCAACAUGAAAUAAACCGCCCUGGUGUUUGUCACAAGUGUGCAGUCAGCCGUGAAGUGGCUUCUCAAGCAGGUGAAGCCCAUACGUGCCCUGAGCCACUCCCCAGGCCUGCAGAGCCCAGCACCCCCAGCCUGGGCUGUCGGGAACACCUCCCCGAGCAGGGCUGGGAAGCCCAUCCGGCCGGGCCGUCCGCGCAGAAAGCAGAGAGGCGGCUGUUAACCAGGUUCCCGCUCACCAGGAGUUAAGGCAGAGCUGCCAUUUCCACUAUGAAAAACACAAGAUUGAAGAAGCCAAAUGUACCAUUGUUGGGGACACAACAAAAUGACUUUUUUUAGGGGGCAGGAGGGGAACAAAAAAGGAGACACUUAAAACUUCCCUAAAAUGAAGGGAAAAAACCAUGCUCUGCAAUUUUCUUACAAAGGAAAAUUUAAUGUUAGCUGGGCUGUUGAACCAGACGAAAGCAGACAGAG